GUACAUUCAUGUCAAGAAAAGUGUCUUGUCAUAGCUACCAGUACAUUCAUAUACAGAAAAGUGCCUUUUUCAUUGCUACUAGUUACAUUCAUGUACAGAAAAGUGUCUUGUCAUAGCUACCAGUACAUUCAUGUACAGAAAAGUGUCUUGGAUAGCUACCAGUACAUUCAUGUACAGAAAAGUGUCUUGUCAUAG